AUGGAGCCCGAAGAGGAGCUUACACCUCUCCCAAGUGAUCACGAAGGCGAUGCGCCGGCAACCCAUCCAUCAAGCGCCGAAUUACACAAAGUUCGCUCCCUUGAACAAACGGUUUCUCUCCCUCGCGAGGUCCUUGUGGUAGCCAUCAUCGUUCUCGCCCAAUUCCUGACACAAGUCGGCCUCACAGGAACGCUCGUGGACAUUCACAUCAUUAGCGACAGCUUCUCUAUUUCUAACCCGGGCAUUGAGAGCUGGCUCAUCGCCGGUUACAGUCUCACAGUUGGGACUUUCAUCCUCCUCUCUGGGCGACUCGGAGAUGUCUACGGAUGGAAACGCAUGCUGGUGAUCGGAUAUUUCUGGUUCGCCAUCUGGUCGCUGGUGGCAGGCCUGUCCGUGUACAGCAAUUACGUCCUCUUCAUCUUCGCGCGGGUGUUCCAAGGAAUCGGACCUGCCAUAUGCCUUCCGAACGGACUGGCGCUGCUGGGAGCGAUGUAUGAGCCUGGUAACAGAAAAAAUAUGGCUUUUGCCGUGUUCGGUGCAUGUGCGCCUGUCGGUUCUCUGGUUGGCGGAACGUUCUUCGCCAUCUUUGGCCAAUUGGCGUGGUGGCCGUGGGCUUUCUGGUCCUUUGCGCUGGUACUGGUUGUUGUUGCGUUGGGUGCUGCUUUUCUGAUCCCGGACCCGCAGGACAGCCGGUUGAUGCCCGAAUCAGUACGUGAGUACAUCGAAGACUUGGACCUUCCUGCUGCAACAGUCGGAAUUACUGCGCUGGUGCUGUUCAACUUCGCUUGGAACCAGGCGCCAAUCGUGGGGUGGCAUUCCGCGUACGUAUGUGUUUGUUUGGUGCUUGGGGUGUUGCUUGUGCCGGUCUUCUUCUACCUAGAGAUCAAGGUGGCGCCUAAACCAUUGAUACCGUUCAGCGCGUUGAACAGCACGAACGCGUUCGUGUUAGGUUGCAUUGCCUGCGGUUGGGCCAACUUCGGCAUCCUCGUGUACUAUCUCAUCAACAUAAUAGAAGUGCUACGCGGAAGCUCACCUUUACUAACUUGUGCCUACCUCUCACCAUUCGUCAUAACCGGCUCUAUUGCGGCGCUUCUGACUGGCUUCCUGCUGAGCAAGCUACGACCGGCGUGGUUGAUGGUGAUUGCAAUGGCUUUCUUUCUGGCGGGCAACCUUCUACUCGUCACUGUCCCACCACACCAAAUCUACUGGGCCCAGUUCUUUGUUAUCACGCUCGUUGCGCCAUUCGGCAUGGACAUGUCGUUUCCGUCCGCAACAAUCUACCUCAGCAACACCAUUGAGAAAUCACGACAGGGUGUCGCUGCCAGCUUGGUCAACACCAUUGUCAACUACUCCAUCUCGCUAGGCCUAGGCUUUGCCGGUACCGUCGAAAUCAAUGUCAACAGGGGCGGCACCACAUGGAACGACACUUUGCGAGGUUACAGAGGAGCACUAUACAUGGGCACUGGGCUCUGCGGGUUAGGUCUGGCCUUGAGCAUUGUGUUCGUGACCAAGACGUACUGGGACGACUCAAAGCGAGCGAAAAACGACAUUACAGCCGAUCCUGAAGGGAAGCCACACGGCUCGUGA